UUGUAAGCAAGAUGCAUUUCGGUUCAACUUUUUUAUGAAUUUUAUGUUAGCCCAGAAAAGGAUUUAUUUAUCGCUUGAUCAAAUGGUAGGUAAAAUUUUGUCUUUUAUCUGUCAAAAUUACAGCUAAUGUUAUGCUUUACCUUACCGACGUCCACUAUUUUAAGUACAUCACGCAACACUGUACCGAUUAUACGUAAUUUUCCGUUAGAAGAACUAUGCUGCAGAUGCCAAUUUACUGAUAAAAGUCACUACACACACAGAGCCCAUGCAUCUCUAAAUGAUGGCUCUCUCUACUGAAUGCUAUAUAAUAACUUGUAGUUUUAUAGCAGCUAUCAUAGUAUUUUAUGGCUUAAAUUGUGAAUGACCCCUCUGACCAGUCUCUAUAUAGCCAGUCUGUCCAAACGUCUGAAACGUUCCUCGUUGGUUUCUGCAUCCCGCCUAUGGCUUUGAAACUUCGAUACCGGAUCUCCUUCGACAGUUUUCGAAACUAGAAGAUAAGCACGGAGAGGAAAAUAAAAGAGAGGCAGAAGAAGAAACGCGAACUUAAUUGUUUCCCAGCAAUAUUUUACCGUUAUAUGAACCUGACUGAAAAUAGCGCUCUUUAGGCCAGGGCCUCCGAUGCCUUGCUAUUUAUAGCACUUAUACGUUUAGUACUUUAAUGAAGUUAAGACUGCCAGCUAUUUUACCCCUUAGUUUUAAAUUUUAUAUGCAAAUGGACAAUGCUGCCCAAAAACGGCUCAGGACUUUGGGUAUGAAGUCGAGAUGAUCAAUGUUGAUUAAAAGAAGAGUAACAAUCGCGUUGCAAUUUUGGUCAAGUUUGAAAGCGUUGGUAGUGCGAUGACUGCAAAGAAAGAUAACAAAAAGUGUUCUGCACGUUCAGAGCUUUUUUUUUGUUUGUUUAUGAAAUUACUAUUACUUUUUUCUCGCUUCCGUCUUCGUCGUGGUUGAUCGAGCCCACCAGUAGCGUGUUACCACGCAAAACAACAUUCUUCGUAAGCUACGAUUUCGUUUAAAAAUGGAAAUCGCGCGACGAAAACGACGUCCGCAGUAGAGAAGCUCACUCCCAGAUGAGUGAGUGACGGUUCAAAAAUAGUUCAUGACCGUAUGAUGAUGUCAUUGUAGGGGGUUCCCCCUUUCUACAUUAAGACAUGAUCAGUGUUUGCAUAAGCUUUUUGAAACGAAGUUGUUCGACCGCUACGAGUGGUAUUACUGUCAUGGCUGAUAAAACUGCUUUCUUGAAGCAUGAUGAGUAAAUACUGAAUUUUGUCGUACAGAUCCGUAUCCGUGCUACAACAAGUCGUGACGGCAUCCCAAUCAGAUUAGGUUUGAUCGAUCUGGAUCCUUGAAAAUCAAUUACUUUUGCAUCCCCGCCAAUUUCAUAUAGACCAGAAGCCCAUCAUAAGCUCCUCAGAUGUUUAUAUUUGAUAAAAAUUAAAUGUCUGGGCCUAGUUUGACGAGUUACAAUGACGAUGCACAAAGAUCAUGGCUGCAUCAGGUAAAAAGCCUUCAAUUGUCGAAUGAAACAGAAGGUGAACGUGGUGUUCUUCGACGCCAAAGUUCAUUGUCCGAAAAUAGUUUUUUUUUUUUUUAAUUUUAAAAAAUUCCAGUGGUGGGUUUUCAGUACGAGUCCAGGUGUCGUUUCCACCAUUUUACUUCGCAACAGUUUAUCAUUAUUUUUCUUUAUUACUUAUUAUUUGACAAAUAUGUUUUAAAUAUUUCCACUGUAAAUGUUUAAAUAUCACCGUGUUGAAACGAAUCGGUUACGCCAGGAAACGUACAAAAUAUUAAAUAACAUUUUUCGAUGGGCAACAGUACAGUUACUAGCUUGUUGUUUUACUUGUUGUUUAAAAAAGCUUUUUAUAAAAGCAAAGAAUUAUUAUUAUUAUUAUUAUUAUUAUUAUUUCUUAUAUAGAACGCGGUUUAUAAGGUAGAUAUAACCCAAUAUGACAAAACAACCCGCUCGUCACGGGAGUAGCAAUAGAAAGUAGAAAGUAUAGGAUCCAGCAGCCCCAGAUUUUCGAUUCCCAUGAUCAUGCAGAUUGCCGAGGGUUAACCAGAAGGAUCGUUAUCUUUAUUGUUAUAUUACAUAUCUUAAUGUCGUCACUGAAUAUCGAGAUGUUAAAUCGGUGUGGCGGCGGUACAAUGUUCAGCAAACUCAUGAAGAAGCCCUUGGAUUUCCCCCCAAAUUGGACUCGAGAGUCAAUUAGGAGCACUUGGGGUCGGCGUAAAAUGAAAUUGUACAGGGGAUCUGAAGACAUCUUGAAACAAUUGAAUUCUCCAUAAACUAUCAAGUUCUUAGGCGCCUGGGAAUGAGGCUAAAUAACUGCAUUUGCUGAAACCCUUCAAAACUCAUGUCAUUACCUCGAGAGCGGCUCAUCGCGAGGGCGACAUUUUGCCUGGUCGUAUUAUGCUUGCUUACGCUUGUUGCUUGUGCCGAUUUGCAUUUGUCGAUCACUCAAACAGAUGAGACUUCAGCAUCCCCCGGACAUUUGACUUUCAGUUGUGGGCAGGGAAGAGGAGAAUUUGACCUUUGCUUGGGUAGGGUGGGGAAUUUGAACCGGAUGUGUCAAGUUUAUCGAUCUGCGGGUCUGACGGACAGGGCUGAAUAACGUACUACGCAUGUCCGUGACAUCACUUGUUUACUUGUCUAGCCCGUGCGCGAAGCACUCGGGCAAAGUGAAAUUCUUGCAAGACCAUUUUAUCUUCGACCAUCCAAACUCAUAUUUGCGAAUGCCAACGAAGGAGAAAUUCUACGAAUACGUUAGAAAUGCAACUAAUGGAAAGAAAUGUUACGUAAUCCAGGGAUCAAGGAAAAUGUUUUUGACCGUCCCGGCGAAGGUUUUUCAUUGUUUUGACGCAGAUCGUCAGUAAGUUUGCAGAAAGAUGACUGAGAAAUUAAAAAAGAGCAAUGUGCUGGAGUUUGGGCGACUUUUCUUCGAUGGUACGUAAACGAUUUACUUAAACAUUACUUUAUUCUGGUUAAGGAGGUGCAAAUCUUUGAAAUGUAGGCCGAGCGAUAGCAGUUGUUGACCGUUUCUUGGUGGCAAGAAAGCCGGCUUUGAGCGCGAUGAUACCAUCAGACACAAGAAGUCAUGAAAGUCAUAAACUUAGUUACAAAUCUUAGUGCAAUGAAAGAAGCUUUUUCGUACCUCUAGCCGGCUUAGAGGCGCUGGUCGAGCUGUAGAAUCAGUAUUUAUUCAGUUAAGUUUGUUUAAAAUUUAAUUUGCACCUUUAAGCUUAGAAUGAAUCAACUUUUAAAGUUUAAAGCUGUUGAAGUUUUGAGAAACAAUCGCAAGUUGGCUCAGCUUUAUGUGAGUUUUCGUAUUAACUAUAGGUUUUCCAUUUAUGACAGGAUUGAAUGAAGCAGAAGAAUCAAGGAAUGAAGAUCUAGACUUUGAAGAGAAAAAUAAAUGAAAGUUCUUCUCCCUGUAAUGAAGCCUUUUAGAGAACUUCAAGUCAUUAAUACUUUUACCAGCAAGCAUCGACUGUAUUACUUACCCAUUUACUCUUUUCAACAUUAAUUUUGCCUGUUGUCAUAUACAAAAAUUUAUAAUAGCUCUUUUGAGCUGAGCUAACAAUGAGUCAUAAAGGGAAACAAGUUUGGAAGAAAGAACUUGAUUGAAUUCGAAACCUCAGUGAUUGUUUUGUGUUCUUACAGUUCUUAUAGUGAAACCAAGCGAGAUAUAACAAGAAAAAUAACUAAAAGACCAUCAUUCAAGGAAAAACAAAGAUAAAUGAAAUGUACCUUUAAUACUGACACUGAUAUGAUGUCCGGACGAUUUCUUAGAACUGAUAACAUAUUGAUAGUCUGUACUUUCAUGUGUUUACGCUUGAAAAUGUACACAUUCGAAUGAAAGAACUGUUUUCGGCUUCGUCCGUGCAUCUUCUUUUGUUCAUAGCAAAAAACGGAAGAAAAAUUGCGAAGGUGGAAACGAGAAUUCUAUAAAGUAUGAAAUAAUCUACCUUUAGUUUAAAUGGGAGCCUUGAAUAUUCAGAAACCACCUUAAAAAUCGGGAAAAUGUGAGGAUGUUUUGAAAAUCCCUUUGCAAACGAUACUAUUAUUGAAGGGACGCUUCGUUCGUGCGUCUUCUUUUGUUCAUAGAAAAAAGUAGAAGAAAAAUUACAAGGGUAGAAACGAGAAUUCAAUAAAGUAUGAAAUAAUCUACCUUUAGUUUAAAUGAGAACCUUAGAUAUUCAGAAUCCACCUUAAUAAUCGCCAAAAAGUGAGGAUGUUUUGAAAAACCCUUUGAAAACGAUACUAGGUUAGAUCCCAGACCUCUCCCGUCUAUGCACAUGCGCAGACGUUGUUCAGCUCUGUCGGUCUGACGUGGUACGAUAUAUAGACGACGACCCUUCUCAGAUUGAGAUGGAGGAGUUUGAACUUAAGGGCAGCUUUUGUAAAGGAAUUGCUUGUUCGACAAGAAAGCUCUGUAAGUAUGCAUUUACCACAGUAUUAAUGCAAAAAACGAGAUCGAACAUCGAGUGUUUAAUUCGUAUAGUACGUCAUUUGGAUUCACCAAGUAACUCUAUUUCUCGAAUCCACAACCCGUAAAACAUUUCUCCUUUGGGAAAGGCAAAAUAAAGCGCAUUUGAACACGCUUGAAGAGGCCCGUUGUAAAAGAGUUCAAAUGCCCUGGGGAAUCAGUGAUCGCCGCUUACUAUUGUGAACAGUCUACUGACACCACAACAACCUGAACAAGUCGCAAUGUUCUGUCGUCAUAUAUGGUAAUAUCCAACUCCAGCAACAACAGUUAUUCCUGUUCUUUAAUUCGUUCCUUACAUAGACAAGCAAUGAUAAUCUCACCUUCGCGGGCAUGUUACCAGCUAUCAGUCUUAAAAUAUUAGCUGGUGGAAACUACAUUACGCGUACGGUUCAUCGUGUCUUAGUGCCUAUCCUUGUAAUUUGUUUCAGUGUUGCUUACCAUGUAACACUAAAAAACUCGUUAUAGAUCGGACUUCAUCGAACUCAAUCGGACUUAAUCGAACGAUUGAGUUCGGUAAUCGAACACAAUCGAACCAAAAAAUUUGCGUGAGAGUUCGAUCAAGUUCGUUUUCCUAACUCAAUCAAACCGCCUAUUGAACUUACUCGAACUUGACCACCCUCUGUUCGUCUAGCCGUUGUUACUGGGCAGGCCUAGUUGUUCUUUCGGUUUUCGAUAAGAAGAGACAUUACAAUGUCGUAGCCGUGAUAGAAUGAUAUGACUGUAUCGGACUCACCGGCGCGGGAUGGUUUAAAUCUAGACACCGGUAUUUUGCUGGUGUUCGCAAAAGCUACAUGUUAGCACGGCGAGUGUUGAAGUACUUGCCAUUUGAUAAUAAAACUCACUCCGGAAUUAUUGGAGGAAAUUGAAUCACGCAGCAAUUAUCCGAAAAUUCCAGCAUUUUUCCCUUCCGGAACGGGAAAUGGGAGCACUUUCUACCAUUAGCUCAUUUCUCUGUUCGUAUCACAAACACGGACACUUGAUUGCCACCCUUCCAGUUACCUCAACAAAAGCCGGAAGGAUGAAUUGAAAAUAGUUAUGCAUCACCCCCGUUUCGGUUGGAAAAGCCCCUGCAAUUGUUGAGCGGUCAUUCCAUCCGGUUCUUUACGCUAAAUGUAAUGGUGAGCACGCUUGUUAAAGCGGACUGACGAAAUCAGGUCAAUCGUUAAUGGUUUUUGUUUGGGAGCGCCAACAAUUCAACUUGUGACACCCCGCUCGCGCAGCUAUUCACGCCCAAACCUCCACCUACACAGGUUAGGUAACUCGUGUGAAUUACCUGUGCCCGGUUAACCUCUUCAGUUUUGAACUAUUGAGAAAAUUAGGAAAAAGUGUACUUAUAGAGGACAGCUUGCACACACUCAUUAACUUGUUUUUAUUGCCAAAUAUCCGUGAACGUAUACGGCCGGUGUUCUAGUUUUCAUACUACUUUUGGUAAGUACCUUUGAGCAUCCUUUUCCUUUGUUCAAGGGAAAAGCCCGGUGGACGGCGUUGUCCUUUAAACUUUUUUUUUUUAUUUUUUCCCCAUUUCUUUCUUUUUUAACCAUGUAAGAGAAUCUGCUAAACAGGUAUUGUGUAAACUGGCAGUUACUCGGGUAAAUUUUACACUACUUGUAUACAUUAGGAACUUAUUUCAUAGCGAAAGAAUUAUAGAGGAAAAAUCAGUUUUUGCUUUUUAUAAUUAAUAAAUCUUUCGUUUUCUAUUUGUUUAUCGCACUGGAAAGUAUAAAGAACGAAAGAGUUUGCUGAUAGCCAUUUAGUGUAAUGGUAGACGGGGACGUGACUUCCCCUAGUAUGAAUUAUGACGCAUAAUAUUUUUUUUCGUGCGGCGUGAAAAUAUGCUAAUUUUUUCCUUUUUCUCUAUCACGGAAAAAGGUAUUUAGCUCGGUUAUUUCUAGGGAAGUUAUAAAAGUGCUGUUAAAAGCUCUUACCCCGCCGUUAGGCCUGUCACAAAGUUACUUAUUCAUUCGUACCAUUUAUCCCUAGCUAAAUCAUGCCUGGCUACAGUUUGGCUGCAGUUGACCAAUCGAGAAUUGACGAAAAGAGUCUGUGCCCUAAAUGUAAGGGUCUUCUCAAAGAAGCUGUUCAGACCAUACAGUGUGGUCACAGAUACUGCAAAACAUGCGUGGAUACCCUGUUAAAGUGAGUUAAUAUGAUCAUGCAGGACGAAUUAUAUUAAUAGUGCAAAAUGAAAAAAUUAUAUCUCUCUCGACAACCAACUAAAACAUGCUUGACGAAAGAAGUUUGGUUAUACUAGACCCUUCCCUGUGUAUGUGUGUGUGUGUGUGUGUUUUUUCUUUUUUACGUCAAAACGGCUUCAACUAAUAAGGUAACGCCUUAAAAUUAGUGAAGAUGUAAAUUUUGAACGCGGUUUGUUGAAAACGAGCGAAGAUAUAUAUAAUAGCUCCGGAAAGUCACCGAAUGUCAACUUUUUGAUAAUCGUUGUAGUCCAUGCCGAUACUGAUUCCUUAACAAAUAACCCGUUUAUUUAUAGAAAAAAUUAAAAUUUAAUCUUUUCAAGGUUAGAACUCACCGAGCUGUUGUCCUAAGGUCAUGAAUGGUUAAAUGAAUUUUAAAAAGCGUUUAUUUCACUCUUUUUUAUCUCUGAUUUAGCCAUGAAGAUGGGAAGUGUGUUAUUGAUAGAUCAGAUAUUAUCAAAGAGCAGGUGAGUUUAUUUCGUUUUCUAACGUCAUAUCUACUUUUGAACUAUUUUCCCCUCAGAAAUGCCUUUUAUUUGUAAUAUAUUGUUAGCAAGAUUACAGUUCAGGAAAUGUUUUCCGUUUUACUUUUUCCCGUCUUUUGAAAGUGUCAAUAUUCUCCUCUACUUUUCAUUCUGACACUUCCAACUUCCCUUUUUAUUUACACGCACGGCGUCUACUAUUUCUACUUCCAUCUAAAAAAAUGUUACUUUUUGGUUUUUUAAUAGGUAAUCAUUUGAAAUUUAUAAAACUGAUAUGAAUUUAUAAAAAGUUUGAAAACCACAAUGCCUUCCACCAGAUUGCGACUUAAUGUAAUCUUGUACAUGAAAACAUGUGCUUGAACGAAGAACUUUGAACUAAGAACCGUUAGGGAGACCGGAUUCAUUUGCCUCUCAUUUUGUCAUUUUCCUUCUUUAUUUGGGAGAUCAGUAUUAAUCUUGAAGUUUUAAUGAUAUUAUAGGUGUUCAUGGACAGAUUUAUUGAGCGUGAAAUCCAGUCAAUGUUGGUUCAUUGUGUUCAUCAUGAUCAGGGUUGCGAUUGGAAAGACGAAUUAAAGAAACGAGAGGUAAUUUACGGUAGCAGUCUUUUUAAUGUUUACACUGAAGAACUUAUCAGUUUUUUAAUUAGUCUUCUCUUUUAUUUAGUAUCGUGCUUGUUUCAGAAAAGUGCGCAGGGACUCCCUUAUGCCGUAGAAGCCGGGCUUGCGAGCGCUAGACUUCGAGUAAUGGCCUUUAAUUUAUCAAGCCGUGAAGAUUGUAAGACACUGUGAGCGAAGCUCUUCUUGGUUUGCAGCCACGUGAAAAGGCAGCCAUGUUGAUGGGCAAUAUAAUAGAACUUUUUCUCAAAGAAUUUACCUAUGAAAUGGAGUUAAGUUCCCACAGGAGAGAAAAAUUUAAAUUGUUCUUGAUCACCAUCAUGGCCGCCCUGACGUUACGUGCAAACCAGUGAUUUGUUUUGUCAGGGGUGGGGGUUAGGGGUUGGGGAGCCGCGGGACGGGCGGGGCGUGACUCUCUUCAAGGGAUUUAAAUUUCCCUAGUGCACAUAGAAGCCCAGAAGGAGAAAUCCCGAGGAGGCACUCUAGUAACUCGCGCGUAUAUUAAGGGAAGUACUUACAGUUGAAAUAUACAGUCAUACAGUCAAUAUAGAAAAAAUCUAGAUUUGCUCGAACAGGGGCCGCGAGGAAUCGGUAGGUAAUGAUGACGUUUCUAUUGUUUGCGCCCCCAAGUGCGAAAUGGUUAGGAUGACGUAAAACACAACAAAUCCCGAUGGAACAGCUUAAAAUAGGUAGAUUUUGUGACAUUAAUUGUGCAGUCAUACUUAGGUACUCUUUUACGUUACGUAUUAUCAGUGACAUUCUGUGGAGCCGUUGUUAUGAAAGUUAUAGACGAAAAGACACUCGUUAGGCGCAGAUGAAGUUAUAAGCUGCGUAGAACAGUGUAUAUUUUAACACUAAGUGACUUUGCUAGACACGAGGUCACAAAUCUUUGAUUGGAAACCUUCAGCUGAACCUUGCCAGACACUCUUUCUCUCUCUUUGACCGGAAUAAAACUCGGCUCAAACCAAGCAAGACGAGUGAAUGAUUCAACGGCUAGCUUAUCACUAGCAGAACGAUGGACGAUUACAGAAAUUCUCCGACCAUCAAAUUCUGUGCUGACUUAUUCCCUGCUCACACAUGUUCUUCCGCUAUAAAGUUUAAAAUACGACUAGAUUGCGCGAGAGUGAAUUAUUGAUCAAACGUACUUUUAAUUUCUAAGGCUUCCUUUCCGGCAAGUAAAAUGAACUAAAUGUAAAAAGUGAAAUAGAAAUAGCGAAAAAUCAACUUCUCAUUAAAUCUUUUCUUAUGCUUUAGAAUAAAGUAUUCUCGAAACUGAGAAUGUUUUAAUAAAAGCUGGGUAAAUCGAACCGAAACUGUGCAUCGAACCUCGCGUUUAUUUCCUGUAUUUGUCUUACCUAUUGUGGAAUAUGUGUGAACAUCUUCAUUAUGAAUCGGUAUAUUUCAAAGAGCUACACAAGGAGCAAGAAUACUAUAUACAGGGCGGGGGCAGCUGUAGUGUCAACUAUUACUAGUAUAUAUCACAGUGCCCGCUUCAGACCGUCCAAUACAAAACAGUAGGGUUUUUUACGCUUUUUGUGUUUUGUCAAAGCCUGAACGAUACUUUACGGUCAUCAAAUGUCCCGUUAUCCUAAUUAUAAUCUUGGAGACGUACCCCGUAGAGGAAAACCCUUUCAUCGAUUUCCCGCUCGACAUUUGCUUACAUCGUGUACAUCACUAGUUCAACUUAAUAAAAUUGUCACUAAAGUACGCAUACGUAUUUCAGGAUCACGAAGCAGUCUGUGCAUACGUUCAAGUACCAUGUGUCCAUUCAAAAUGCGGGGAACUGGUGUCUAGGGCAAAUCUGGUGGAACAUCUUGAGCACUCAUGCAAGUUUAGAAUGGAAAAAUGCGAGUACUGCCACGCUUUGGUAGAAGUUGCUUUCAUGGAGGUACGUGUUAAGUAAUUUUAUUAAGGUUUACUUUCUUGUUUGUUUGUUUGUUCGUUUGUUGUUGUUGUUGUUGUUGUUGUUGUCAUCGUUAUAUUUUAAGCCCCAUUUCCUAACAACAGGUAUGCAUCCUUCCCUCAUAAUGCAGCUUUAGGUUUCGUCGUAAUAUUCCGUUCUUUUUCUAGAAAACCACUGCUCUCUUCGUACGUAGACUGCUUGCGUCCGCCUUUUCUCUUAACAUCCGUUUAGUUCUUAUCUCAUCCAGCGCGAUUGCAAACCACGACGUUGCUUAAUUCGCCACUCGCGUGCCUAGGUCUCGCGCGCAGUAACUUUGCAAAGAAAAAAUAAGAGACUGAUCGCAGUCCACUCUCUUCGUCGUAACUCUACUAAAAUUGACCCUUUCGAUAAACCUAUCUUAUAGUUUCUUGUUUCUUGCAAUCUGGUCAUAGUGGCUGGUUGCCGUUUUUAAAAACCCUCGAAACCCGGCCAAAUGAUUUUUUAUGAAUCAUCAAUCAUGAGGUUAAUGAAUUGUUACUGAAGCAAAACCGAAAUACUAUGGAAAUAUUUUAUGCACAGGGUCACCAGGAAUCUCAGUGUCCUUCAGUCCCUACAGUUUGUCCAGAGUGUGGCAGGAAAGCCAUUCCUCGCGCUCAGGUGAGUUUUUUCGCAACACACAUGUAAGGGAACCAAGACAGUUUUGGAUUCUGGAUUCCAAGCCGCAGAUUUCGGAUCCCAGGUACUGGAUUCCAGUCAGUGUCAGUGGAGUUUGGAUUCUGAAUUCCAAGCGUUAGUGAUAUUCCGGAUUGCACAAGCAAACAUCUCCCACCGAGAACGGGUCAAAAAAUUCCCGGAUUCUGGAAUCCGGAUUUCCGUACCUGGAGCUACAUGAGGCAAAGUUCUAUUGAGGCUGCAGUCGCAAUCAAUAUGCACGAACACAUAUCGCUCACAUCUAAUUUUAUCGUAUUUGUAUAGGUCAUCACUUGAUUUCGAGUGCAAGUUGAAAUAAUAAAAGCAAAAGUGCACUAGCCGUAGGGCGAGUGAACAUUGUGGUCUUUGAAACAUUUACAAGUGCAUAUUUAUUCCAAUAAUUGCACGAAAAAAAUCAUGCGAUUAAUUAAUAAAUUUAUUAUUAUUGACUGUUUUCAAUUCCUCUACCGUUUAUCGAGAUGUAGAUAUUAAGAGAGGAAUUUUUGUUACAAGUAUUUAUUAUUAUUAUUAUUCUUAACCCGUUAGAUAUCUGCCCAUAUUGAUCCAGUGAAUGGAGAUUGCGAGGGAGUGCUAUCAUAUUGCCUCUGGACACAGAUUGGAUGUCCCGAGACUAAGGUGUGGAAACUACGAUUUUAAUUCAGUUGAUUAAGAAGUCGAUAACUUCCCAAGUAUCAAAAGAGAUUAGCAUGGUUAAAAAAAAAAAAAAAAAAAACACUGUAAAUGUUAUACUGUACCUUCAUUUGAAAAUAGCGACGGAAUCAAAUACAAGAGUAAAAUUUUCUACCAAAACAUAGUGGCUUGAAUAUUAUGAUCAGUGCAAAGAUCAUAUCUUCCGCUAUAUCCGCCGUUCAAAUCAUUUGAUUUAUUAUUUCAUAUAUUCUAGGUCAACAUGAACACGCCUUUUACACCAGUCAAACCUAGUCAUAAUAUACGUGAACAAUAGCUUUUCAAAUUUUGAAACAAAAAGCGAACUAGUACGUAUCCUUCCUGCAAUUUAGUAAGUAAUCUUUCAUCAUCACUUAAAACUCUCUUUCUCUCUUUCUCUCUCUUGAUUAUUUUUCCAGACUAUGAAGUUGCAGGAAAGAAAAAUCCAUGAAGAAAAACAUACUUCUGUCCACCUGAUGCUCCUCUUUCAGACCGUUAUGCAACUCAUUUCAAUUGUUGGAAGGAACGAGCGAGAUUCUGGUUAUUUGUCACUGAAUGAAGCAAAUCUCCCAACACAAAAAGAAUUGGAACAGUUUUCUACACAAGUGGAAAAUGCACUAAAAGAAAAUGAUGAUUUAAAAUCUAAAGUAGUUGAACAAGAGCAGCGAAUUCAGCAGUUGGAGAGCGCAAGACAGAAUGGCCCUCUACCAGGAAACGCAGCUGCGGCUGCGUUCGAUUCGCCGUUAGGUGGGGAUCUUUUGAAGAGGAUAAAUACAGAAGAGGCGAAGACAGCUGAUCUGGAAGUUUUGUUCGUUGAAAGCAACAAGCUUAACGAAGAACUUCAGCGUCAAGUCUCUAGCAUAGCCAGGCGGCAGGAGUCUUCGAAUGGGACGGUGGAUAGACUACAGAGACAGUUUGAAUCCAUGAGUCACUCAUUAGCACUUCGUAAUGUAAUGAUGACCGAUUUGGAUGAACAUGUUAGAGAGCAACAAGUUUCUAGUCAUGAUGGAGUCUUGGUUUGGAAGAUUUCUGACUUCGCCAAAAGAAGACAAAAUGCAGUCACUGGAUAUGAAACGUCGUUUUACAGCUCCUGUUUCUUUACCAGUCGCUAUGGAUACAAGAUGUGCGCACGCGUCUACUUGAAUGGUGAUGGCAUUGGAAAAGGUACACACAUUUCAGUCUUCUUUGUGGUCAUGCGUGGUGAGUACGAUGCCCUUCUCCGCUGGCCAUUUAGACAGAAGGUGACGUUCAUGUUGUUGGACCAGAACAACGUGGAACAUGUGAUCGACUCGUUCAGACCUGAUCCCAACAGCUCCUCAUUCCAGAAGCCAAGAAGAGAAACAAACAUCGCCAGUGGAUGCCCUACAUUCUGUCCCCUUUCCGAAGUAAACAAUCAUGCCUAUAUUAGAGAUGACGUCAUGUUUCUGAAGGUCAUUGUCGACACCACCGAUUUAUAA